AUGGACAGACAGGUGGACACUCUCAGGUAUGGACAGACAGAUGGACACUCUCAGGUAUGGACAGACAGGUGGACACUCUCAGGUAGAGACAGACAGGUGGACACUCUCAGGUAUGGACAGAUAGGUGGACACUCUCAGGUAUGGACAGACAGGCGGACACUCUCAGGUAUGGACAGACAGAUGGACACUCUCAGGUAUGGACAGAUAGGUGGACACUCUCAGGUAUGGACAGACAGGUGGACUCUCUCAGGUAUGGACAGACAGGAGGACACUCUCAGGUAUGGACAGACAGGUGGACACUCUCAGGUAUGGACAGAUAGGUGGACACUCUCAGGUAUGGACAGACAGGUGGACUCUCUCAGGUAUGGACAGACAGGAGGACACUCUCAGGUAUGGACAGAUAGGUGGACACUCUCAGGUAUGGACAGACAGGUGGACUCUCUCAGGUAUGGACAGACAGGAGGACACUCUCAGGUAUGGACAGACAGGUGGACAGUCUCAGGUAUGGACAGAUGGACACUCUCAGGUAUGGACAGAUGGACAGACACUCUGACUAUCUGAGGAUAUGAGCAGGGGUGUAGCACCAAAUUCUGGGCCCCCAUACAAAAGCCUCCUGAAGGGCCCCCCACCCUAUACCCAACCCCGCCGCCCCCCAAACACACACACUGUAGUCUACCCUUAAGUUGUUUUACUGUGGUUUGUGAAUUGUGUUGUUUUCAGUUUGAUCUCACAGUAUUGGAGAUCGCAAGGCUUAUUAAUGACCCCCAAAGUAAACUAUAACACAACUGUUAUAAUUUACUUCCUAGGUUACUUCAAAAAAUUGCUAAGGCUACUUUACAAUAAUACAACCACACAAGACUCACCAGUCAGUCAGAUUUUACUUCCAAAAGAAAUGUAAACAGGUUUCCAUAAUGCCACACAUGGCUUAACAUUGCUGUGAUGUGAUGAUGUUAAACUCUGGAUCCUUAAUAAACAAUAAACAGCAAAACAUUUCUACAUCCAAAGACAAAACAUGACUCAAUAGUCAUUAUGACUUCCACUCAAGUCUGCAGUAGAGGAGAAUGGAGUAGCUCAUCCACUUUCUGCCACUGUUUCUGAAAGAGACUUUUGAUUGAAAAGGUAAGAUUUAGAUUUGCUAAUGGGUAAUGGACAUUUGCUGUAUUAUGUGCUAGGUUACUUAUGCCAUUAACUAGAUUUUUAAUCUAUUAUCAGCAUCAAUAUCAUCAAUAAUAACUGCUAAGCAUGUUUUAAAAUGAGUAGGCUGCUGCAAUAGUCCCAAAUAGCAUUUUAUAAUAACUGUUAUAAGUCUAUUUAACCUUCACCUAAGAGGGCU